UCGCGCAGCUUACGUCACGGUGACCUCAUCAACACAGGACGAAAAAGCACAAGAAACGAAGAUGCUUUUCUACUCGUUUUUCAAAUCUCUGGUGGGCAAAGAUGUUGUGGUCGAACUAAAAAACGACCUGAGCAUCUGUGGGACACUACAUUCGGUGGACCAGUACCUGAAUAUAAAGCUCACAGACAUCAAUGUCACAGAUCCAGAGAAGUAUCCACACAUGUUGUCUGUGAAAAACUGCUUUAUCCGGGGCUCUGUGGUGCGGUACGUUCAGCUCCCAGCAGAUGAAGUGGACACACAGCUACUCCAGGACGCUGCUCGGAAAGAGGCCAUGCAGCAGAAGCAGUGAUGGAGCCGGAGGGAGGGCUUAUGGGGUUUGGGGAGGGAGGUGGAUUGUUUUUGUAAAAUAAGUAGGUUUUCGUAAUUUUUGUCUCACUUGUGUAUCUUAAGUGUUUGCUGUGUUCAAGGCCAUACUUUUCAUGCCUGUUGAAUUGCAUUUUUAUUUUAUCGAAAAAUUAUUUGCAAAAAAUCCUUUAGUCUAAAUGGCCUUUGAGAAGACUUCAUUUAUCAUGUUUUUGUUAAAGAAAAAAUAUUGAAUACAUUUUUGAUAAAGCAAGCGGAGUGAAAUAAAAGCAUGCAAAGGGCGCAAUGAAAAAUCUGUUAAUUUGCAUCAGCACUGAUUUAUUACGUACAAUGACAAAUGUUAACUUGUUUUUUACUUAACGUAAAAUAAAAUAUUUUAUUUAUA